AAGUUUUCGACAUUUUCGUUCCUUGACAGUUCCCCCUUAUAUAAAAAAAACAACAAGUGGGCUCCCCCAAAGACCACGGUAUAGUUCGAACACUGGUCUCACGUAAACACGCGGAUGUUAUGACAUUCGUUUCCUCGCAAAUAUCUGGCAACAAGCGAACGCAUUCUGCUCUGAAGUCCGAGUUCAUCAACAGUCUCAGUGUUGAAGGCAAGUGAGUAAAAAUGCUGCGCACUGUUUUCUCCAGAACUUUUCCUCAAGUUUUCCGUAUUUCAGCAUGUCAGCAUUCAACGAUUCCUGCACCGAACGUUCACCCAGACGUUCACUAUAACAAGAUUUUCAUCAGCAAUGAAUGGCACGAUGCAGUAAGCAAGAAAACUUUUCCAACCAUCAAUCCUGCUACUGGUGAGGUUAUCUGCCACGUCGCAGAGGGCAAUAAGGCGGAUGUGGAAAAAGCUGUCAAAGCUGCCAAAGAUGCCUUCAAGCUUGGGUCUCCCUGGCGGCGUAUGGAUGCGUCCCACCGCGGGCUUCUCUUGAGCCGAUUAGCAGACUGCAUAGAGAGAGACGCUGCCUAUUUAGCUGUGAUGAAAUUAAUCAUAAGGUCAGAACUCAGUUUUUUUUCUGUUGGGUGUUGGUUGGUCUGUAGGUAUUAUGCUGGCUGGGCAGACAAAUGGGAGGGGAAGACCAUUCCCAUUGAUGGUGAUUACUUCUGCUACACCAGGCAUGAGCCCAUUGGAGUGUGUGGCCAAAUUAUCCCUUGGAACUUCCCACUGUUGAUGCAGGCCUGGAAACUCGGUCCUGCUCUGGCCACAGGAAACACAGUGGUGAUGAAGGUGGCAGAACAGACACCUCUCACUGCGCUCUAUGUUGCCAGUCUGAUCAAAGAGGUGGGUUUCCCUGCUGGUGUCGUCAACAUUGUCCCAGGAAUGGGUCCCACAGCAGGGGCAGCCAUCGCAUCUCACAUGGAUGUGGACAAAGUAGCGUUCACUGGCUCCACUGAGGUGGGCCACCUCAUCAUGAAAGCCUCAAGUACCAGUAAUCUGAAGAAGGUCACACUGGAGCUGGGAGGAAAGAGUCCAAACAUCGUUCUAUCAGAUGCUAAUACUAAUUUGGAUAGCAGAAACUGCAGAUCUGUUGCCAACGGCUUGUCACAUUUUCUCUGGAUCUUUGGACCCGUGAUGCAAAUUCUGAAGUUUAAAUCUUUAGAGGAAGUGAUUGAGAGAGCCAAUGACAGCAAAUACGGCCUUGCAGCUGCUGUUUUUACCAAAAACAUUGAUAAGGCCCAUUACAUAUCCCACGGCCUGCGCGCUGGCACUGUGUGGAUUAACUGUUAUGACGUGUUCGGAGUUCAGGCUCCAUUUGGAGGAUACAAGGCCUCAGGAAUUGGUCGUGAGUUAGGAGAGUACGGACUGGACAACUACACAGAGGUCAAAACGGUUACAAUUAAGGUCCCUCAGAAAAAUUCGUAAAUGGAUGAAUUCAUUUAAGGAAGCCAUUUCCUAAUUAUAAGAGCCAUGCCAGCCAUUAUUAAAAUGUACUAUGAUUACUAUGAUUCUCAUGCAUUAGCAUAAUUAAUGUGUUGAUUUCUACUGAAAAAUAAUAAGCGUUUAGUAUCAAUUUUGUUUUGGCAGUGAUGAUUAGUUAGUCACGUACUGUAUAGUUGAUUUUACAAAAGAUAUUGCUUGAUUAUCCACCAGACAAAAGGAGGGAAAAUGUGUAUUGGGCUGACUUCAUUCUGUUUAAUUCAAGCAUUAUAUAGACAGCAUAAUCACUACAAUUAUUUGCAUGCUUGUGCUGAUUUGUGAAAUAAAUGCUUCAGAUUUUUGGUUUUA